AUGACGCGCAAAGCCAGCUCUAGCAGGCGCAGAUCAUCGUCGGAUCAAGUGUACAAUCCAUGGGAAUCAAUUGACAUUGAUGCUCUCGUCUCCGUGUCCCACCAACACAAGCUUUACGUCUCCACGUCGGGACCCGAGCGCUCUCCGGGCUCGCCGGUAGUGCUCUUCUUCUCUGGCGGAGGCACUCCCUGCGCAGCAUACAUCCGCUUCCGCCGGAUGCUCUCGUCCCACGUUCGCGUCUAUUUUCAUGACCGCGCUGGAUAUGGCUACUCGGAAUUGGGCCGUGGAGACCUGGACUGCGGCGCGGACGACGAGACAGUCUUGACCGCCCAGCAAGCCGCAGACGAGCUGUACGAGCUGCUUCAGGUCCUGCGAGUCGGCCCGCCGUACAUCCUCGUUGGCCAUUCCUACGGCUGCAUCUGCGCCCGCGCGUUCCUGGCCCUCGCCAUCCAGGAGCAGCAGGGCGGGGAGGCACUCGAGUCGGUGAUCGCGGGCAUGGUGCUGAUAGAAGCCGCGACGGAGCUCAUGUACGAUCUCUUCGAGCCGUCCAUCCCUCCCCCGGUCUUCUUCGAAGUGACGAGGGGCAUCGACUAUGGUGCGGUCACGCACACCCGCGAGCGGUCCGGACUGACUGAGCAGGAAUGGGAGCACAUCAGCACCAUGAUCAGAAAGACAACGCUCGCGACUGAGCUGGAGGACUGCAGGGUCUCUGCGCGGAGGCUGCUCAGGGAGCAGCAGUUUGCCCGUCAGGCGUUGGGGGAUGUUCCGCUUGCUGUUGUGCGUGCUGAUUUCUCGCAGGAGUUUAGGUUGAUGUUUGAAGAAGGAGAAAGGAUGGGAAACGGGACCGAGGACGAGAGCUUGGAGUGUAGGGCGUUCCUGGGGAAGCUGAGGCUGCAUGAUGAUGAGUUACGAGCGGGCCAGCUUCGUCUGUCGCGUGUGAAUAGGUAUAUCACGGCGUUGGAUCACGGGCAUAGUAUCCUCAUAACGGGGCCUCAGGUCGGCGUAGAGGCGGUGCUUUGGGUUCUGGAGCUCAUCAGCAAAAGAAUCAACUACACUGAGGUUGUUUGA